AACAAUCGAAGACGACGAAGACGAAGACGAAGACGAGAGAGAGAGAGAGAGAGAGAGAGAGAGAGAGAGGUGUGGCGAUGAUGGUGCGAUCAUGGAUUCGGCCAUUGGAGUGGUGCUUCGGGAGGUUCGGGGUCGGGGACGGGCUCCUGUGGGACCUCGACCUGAAGCCCCACGCCAUGGGCGAGUUCUCGAUCGCCGUGGUCCAAGCGAACAACGCGCUCGAGGACCAGGGACAGGUCCUCACCUCGCCCUCCGCCACCUUCGUCGGGAUAUACGACGGCCAUGGAGGCCCCGAGGCCUCUCGCUUCGUCCGAUCCCGCCUCUUCCCCCAUCUCCAACGGUUUGCGUCAGAGCAAGGAGGAUUAUCAGCAGAGGUAAUAAAGAAGGCGUUUGCUGCAACAGAAGAGGAGUUCCUACAUCUAGUGAAGCGGUCGUGGGCGGCGCGGCCGCAGAUUGCGUCGGUGGGGUCAUGCUGCCUCAUUGGUGCAAUCGCGGACGGCAUGCUCUACGUCGCCAAUUUGGGGGACUCUAGGGCAGUGCUCGGUCGUCGUGGAGCCGACGGUAGGGCGGUAGUGGCCGAGCGGCUGUCGAAGGACCACAAUGUCGCCGUCGAGGAGGUCCGGAAAGAGGUGGUCGCGCUCCAUCCCGAUGACUCUCAUAUUGUGGUGUACACCCGAGGAGUAUGGAGAAUCAAAGGGAUCAUUCAGGUUUCAAGAUCCAUAGGGGACAUCUACCUGAAGAAACCCGAGUUAAGUAGUGACCCUUUAUUCCGGCAGUUUGGCUCACCUGUGCCAUUGAAGCGGCCAGUUAUCACUGCAGAGCCGUCCAUUCUGGUCCGCAAGCUUAAGCCAAAUGACCUGUUCUUGAUAUUUGCAUCUGAUGGAUUGUGGGAGCAGCUAAGUGAUGAAGCUGCUGUCGAGAUUGUUGUCAAUAACCCCAGAGCGGGAAUAGCCAAGCGAUUAGUACGAGCAGCCGUAAAUGAGGCUGCAAAGAAAAGGGAGUUAAGAUACGACGAUAUAAAGAAGAUAGAAAAGGGUGUAAGAAGGCAUUUUCACGACGACAUCACUGUCAUAGUGAUCUAUCUCGAUCAUCAUCGCCAAGGAACUCGAUUCCAACUUAAUGGAGCCAAUUUUAACUGUACGAGUGCGCCUGUUGACAUCUUCUCCUUUAAUUCUGACGAUUCUGAGGAACCGCUUCAUCCGAAUCUCCGAAUGGAUACUGCAUGGUCGCAAUACUGAUAUAUAAACCAUCCAUAUAAACUGGCUUAUUCCUGCUUUUGUGAAUAAAAGUUUCCAUUCGUUGAGUAGAUAGAGAUUACCAGAUUGUGUGAAAUAAAGUUUUGAGGAGAGCUUGUACAUAAUGAGACUUGUUGAGGGUUUUAUUAUUAUUUUUCUUAAUUUUUUUUUUCCCCUGUUGUUUGGGGUUAUUUUUCCCCUAAUUUUGUUGGAAAAUAAGAUCUUUAUAGAAUGUGGAUUUCUUAUAACA